AUGGCGGCAGCCAAGGCCGCCAAAGAGUCGAAGAAGCCGAAGGCAGAGGAGCCUCAGCCCAGCCUGGCUGUGACGCCUCCUGCUCUUCCAGGACACGUCGAUGGCCUGAGCCUCGACGCUCGACAGGAAAUCCUGCGAUGCAACGCCAAGGUCAUCGUCGGCUAUGGCACACUUGAGGCGUUUUACCCUCUGGUCGAGCAUGUCAGCCUGGCCCUGCUUCAGCACUACGUUCCCCAAAUCGUCGACAACUUCAAGCACACCACGGCGAUUGGAGACAUCAUCCUUCUCCCUGACGACAUGACCCUCGUGACCGAGCGGGGAUUGAGAUACGUGUUUGUCAACAUGAGGAGGGAGGUAGAGUGGGGCAGCUAUGCGAGCAGCCACUUCACCAAGGACAAGAAGGACCAGGCCACCUAUACGAUGCGCCCCUGCCGCAACCCCGUGGACAUGAUCCACGGUCUUCACACCCUGAGGGCCUUCGGUCUCAGCUACGAUGCCGAGUUCCUCGCUAUGCCAGACGGCCCGAUCAUCUCCGCUCUGGAGCGUAGGGCCGUGGAGUGGUCUGGGAACCUGUGGACUCUCAAGAGGUUCCUGAACACCGUGGAUCGGGAGCUCCUGGGGGAUCCGGACCGGCACCUCCUCGCCCGGGCCUGGGAUGCCUACGACAAGCGGGUUCAGGCUCAGCCUCCUCGCAAGACUUCCGGCCAGAACGCCUGA